AUGAUUCGAUUCCGCCCCGGCUUUUGGCCAUGCAUUGUUGUCAGCUGUUUGCUGAUAUUCCUUUACUUCCGACUUCCUCCCCCACACAAGGACAUUCUCGCUCCUUUGGAUCUCUCGCCUCUGCCGUUGCCAGAGGAGUUCAACGUCCUGCAUCCAGGAGAAUUCACCGAUCCGACUACUUAUCCAGAUAUUCAUAUUGUUUCAUCUCCAACAGAUUCACCCGAUGAGCCUGAGGGCGAAGGGACUCUGAAUGACUUGCCGCAGCCCCGAUUCUACCAAGGAGGAAUCCUCACCUUGACUACUCAGAAUGGCUCUACAGAAUACCCCAAGCCGGCCAUCUAUGACCCAUAUCCUGCUUAUAACACGCCCCGAUGGCGCAAAACAUGGGCAGGGAGAUUCGAAGCUUGUCGUGGGCCUCGCGGGAGAGACUUAGAUCGCGGCUGCAGUGAGGAUAUGAUGUCUGUCUAUCGUGGAAAACAGAAGGGAUUCCCUGCCUCCACUUUCGGGUCUCACAAAGCUCUCAGUCUAGAUCAGGAUGUCUGCGUGGAUCGAUAUGCUCGCUAUGGUCCCUACGGGAUAGACGAGAACAACGACGUAGACAUCCCAGGAUUUCCAAGACCCAACAGAGUCCUCUGGACAAACGUCAAUUGGGGAUAUCUUCAAUCCCAAUGCUACGAACGCAAUGCCGAGCGAUACCGCCCUGAUCGACCAGACCAGCAUUACAGACAACACAUUCUUUCCUUAUAUCCUCCAAUUCUUGGAGAACAUAUGAGCAUUCUGAGUAAGCCUGCAGAUCUCUCCUACAAGACCCGUUCAGCUGUUGUUCUCCGUGCCUCGGAAACUAUGCGAUGGACCCCAAGUCACUUUCACUACCUCCGCUCAUUGAUCAUGGAGCUUUCGCUACAUACUGGGUCUGAGUACCAGGUUUUCUUCAUGAUCGAUGUUCAUGAUGAGUCAAUAGAUCUGGAAAAUGACGAGGAAGCUGUCCGAGGACUCAAGCAAAGGGUUGUACCAUCCGAGUUCCGCAAUAUGACCGUCCUCUUUAGUGAACAUCUACUGGAACAGUGGUAUCCCAAGAUGGGUGAACACCGUGCUAUUUACCAACACCUCCAAGCAAUGCAAGUAUUUGCCCGAAUGUACCCUGAAUUUGAUUACUAUUGGCAAUUCGAAUUCGACAACCGAGUCAUCGGCCAUACCUACCAUUUCCUCGAGCAAGCCAUCGAAUUUGCCAGGAAACAGCCUCGAAAGUAUCUAUGGGAGCGAAACGCGUAUUUCUACACACCCGGCGCACACGGAACUUGGGAGGAUUUCUCCAAUAUGGUCGCCAACUCGAUGACAGGAAAGCACAGCGUCUGGGGCCCAGUCAAGCACGAGGGUAUCAAACCAGCGGGUCCGAAACCAUUACCCGGCUCUCAUCCGGAGAACGAUAACUUCAAAUGGGGAGUCGGGGAAGAAGCCGACCUCAUCACAUUUCUACCAAUCUUCGACCCGCGCAAUACAUCAUGGACGUUCCCGAAUAUGACGUGGAAUGUCUCUGACAAUAUCCCACGACGCACUUCUGUCAUCACACAAUGGCGCAUGUCCAAAAGGCUUCUGAUGGAGAUGCACAACGCCCAGCGUCGACGCGGCGAGGCCUUUGCGUCGGAGAUGUCGGCGCCUUCUUGGGCACUUCUGCAUGGAUUCAAAGCUGUUCAUGUUCCUCACCCCAUUUAUGCAGAUGGCCAAUGGUCUCCGGGUGAAAUGGCUCGGAUCUUCAAUCGAGGUUCUCCGGAUAAUAUUAAUGGUGGUUCGGACAGUAUCUGGAAUUGGGAUCAUCGGUUUGAUUACCUCUGGUACCGCAUUUCAUACAUGUUCGCGACGCAGGCUGCGGAGGAUCUCUUUAGGAGAUGGAUGGGAUUCCAGCCUGAUCCUAGACUCUACCUGGAUGGUAUACGACCUGAAUACCGUCCAGGGAGAUUUUGGGAUGAUGGUGGCAGCCUGGAUGAAGCUACCAAUGGUCGAUUGUGUUUCCCGUUCAUGCUUCUUCAUAACGUCAAAAAUACCGAGCCUGAGAAAACACUUAAUUUGCCUGUCACGGAUUCUGCUUUGAAGGAUGAUGCGACUUGA